ACAGUCAGUCACCGCCCGAGAAAACUGUUGUUUUCACGUAUUCCAAUCGCGUUUAAACGACGCUUAAUCCGAAAAGGUCGAACUUUUCCGGUGGAAUUCGUUUGGAAAAUGCAAGAUGGUAGUGUAUACCGGUUGUGAAAAGUUGUACGAAGUGAUGUCCGGGACCACUUUCAAGUCUUUCUCAAUCGCUGACAUUUUGUCUACUCCAGGCAACGCGGAAAACAGUAAGCAAAAAUGCGUAGAAACUCUUGAACCAACUAACAAUAUUUGUGUGAAGGAGGAGUUGGACGAUGAGUGUGAGAGUUCGGACUGUGAUUUAGACGUUAUCUCUCAUUCUCCGGAUAAAGAAGAAGACGGAAAAGGUGAGGAGAAAUGCGAAGAAGAGAAGAAAACCAAAGACAAGCCGCCUUACAGUUAUAACGCUCUUAUUAUGAUGGCUAUAAGGAGUAGUCCGGAGAAACGUUUGACCCUCAACGGCAUCUAUGAGUAUAUUAUGACAAACUUUCCUUACUACAAAGACAACAAGCAAGGUUGGCAGAAUUCUAUAAGGCACAACUUGAGUUUGAACAAAUGCUUUGUGAAGGUACCCAGGCAUUACGAUGAUCCAGGAAAGGGUAAUUACUGGAUGCUGGAUCCAUCUGCCGAAGAUGUUUUCAUAGGCAGUGCAACCGGGAAACUCAGGAGGAGAAAUACAGCGGCAUCAAGAAGCAGGCUGGCAGCUUUCAGGAGAACUUUCCAUUUUCCUCAAUUGUAUUACCAAAAUUUAUACUCCAGGUACAACCCCUACAUGAUGAAUUCUCUUGUACCGAGGCAACCAAUACUUGGUGGCUUUCCCCAGAUGCUGGACAUGUCCUCUGCCUUGAGACAAGCGCCGAUGGACAUGAGCGCCUAUGGUAUGAGAUUGCCGAAUACUUUUCAACAACCACUCAGUAUACCAAUGCUACAACAAGCUAUGGCGACGUUCACACCUCACCCAAAUACCCUGGGACAAGAUCAGACCCCUGAAGGACUCCUCAAGCCUGUGACAGUGUUGUCUCUGAACAAAUGAAAGAGUCGUUCGGUGAAUUUCCUGGAAUAUUAGUGUCUUUAUUCGAAAAAAUGUAUUUUAACUUGUGAUAUUAGUGUAAUGUAAGUUAAUAGAAAGAUAUGCUUGUAUAUAAUAUAUUAUUAGAUAAGACUAAUUUUCAUAUUAGUUCACAACUAUGUAAAUAGAUAUAAAUAAAUGUGUCUUCUUAAACAUAUCUGA